GGGAUUUACCAAAAGUAUAAAUACUUCAAACACAUUUAAAAUAUUCAUCAGUCUUAUUUUCAUUACUUGUGAAAAUAGUUUUUAAAUCGUAUACAUUACGAUCUACACACACAAAAACUUGUAAAAUGGUUGUUAAGUUGAUCGUGUUCGCCGCUCUGUUCGGGCACUUAGCCCUGGCCUAUCCACCUGCGAUCGUCGAACACAACGCUUAUGAACACCACGACGACGACCACUACGUCCACGCACCCACCCCGUACCAUUUCGAUUACGCCGUGAACGACCCGCACACCCACGACGUCAAGAGCCAUCACGAGUCGAAUGACGGCCACGGCAACGUCAAAGGAUCUUACAGCCUUUUGGAAGCCGACGGUUCUACCAGAGUGGUCGAGUACACUGCCGACGCCAAACACGGUUUCAACGCCGAAGUGAAGAAAAUUGAAGGGCCCGCUCAUCAUCACUACGACGCAACAAGCUAUUACGAGCCAAUUCACCGUCCGUAUAAACCGUUGUCACACUUUCACUCGUACUGAUGAUGAAUAGGAUGAGACGGCCGAUAAAAAUUCCACUGAAAGUUACUAUUUUUUUUUUUUUGUGUAUAUUUUUCUAUAAUUUUAACCCAUAAAAAUAGACCUAAAAUGUCAUAUUAAAGAUAUUUUAAAAUUCUGAAUCUAUUUAUGUCAGCAAUGCGAUAAAUGUUCAAAUCAUUAAAGUUAAAACUAUAAUCGAUUAUAAUAAAAUACAAUAUUUACUUUCCAAUUUGAAACUUAUUAUUAGAUUUCUUAAAUUACUAUUUCCUGACAAUUCUCAGUAAUAAAGAACUGAAAACUUGUUUUUCAAGGAUUUGGUUAAAUUAAAUCACAAGGAGUGUAAAUCGUUGUCUCUAAAUCAAUAAAAAUAAAACUUAUAUUUCGUUCAUUGAAACCU